AUGGAGAUUAUGAGGAACUCUCAGUCUCGACACAUGUUCCUUGUUCCCAUUGGGUUUUCUUUACUUACACUUCUCCUUUGCCCUUCAACUGCAAGCUCAGGGUCUGACUAUGACUAUGGGGCUCACCCACGCUUUGUUUGCACCCCUAUUCCUGCGGAUGCAGACCCUGCCUGCUUCCCUACAGGGGGUCCAGGUGUAGGGGCAGCAGGGCCCAGCGGACCAGGCCAUCAAAGUGCACCUCCUGCUGGCUGGUGGGGGGCGAGCGAGGAGGCCAAAGCCACCAUCCUCCACCUCAGGGAGAGCCUUGUCCAGCAGAAAGAGACCAUCCUGGACCAGAGAGAGACCAUUAGAGAGCUGACGGCCAAGCUCACCCUGUGCGAGGGCCUCGGACGAGGCGUGACGCCUCACGACGAGUUCCAUGGCACAGCGUCGCACCCCCAUCACGAGGGGGUGGCCGGCCAUCACACGUACACUGACAACGGGCACUAUAGCAACCAGCAGGGUCACCAUGGAAACCUCAUACCAGACUCGCCGCACUUCACCUCUGUCGGGGGGCAACGAGCCGAUGGGGGGCACAGCAUCCACCACCAGGAGAAGGAUAAACAUGUGACACCAGGGGACAUCACAUCCUCCCCAGAGCAGAUGGAGAGGAUGCUGCAGGCGCUGAAGGAGAGGCUGGACAAUCUGCAGAAGAGGAACACAUCCAUCACCUACUCCAGCUCUCUGAAGGAGCUGCUUCAGAGGAAGAUCAGCGCUCUGGAACAGCAGCUGCACCAUCGCAUCGCCUCCCACAGCGGCCCGGACCACCACCACGAAGACAGCAGCCACAGAGACGCCGGAGACCAUCACGAUGGCGAUCACCAUGACGAUGGUCACCCAAAUGACCACAAGGACGACCGCAACGAUGGCGGUCACAGUGACAACGAGAACCAUAGUGACCGUCACGAUGAUGACCAUCACGAUGAUGACCAUCACGAUGCAGACCAUCACGAUGCAGACACGGACCACGCUGACGGCCACCACGACGAUGACGACCACCACAGUAAUGGAGCAGAUAGUCACAGUUACCUUUCACACACAGGAUACAGAGAACCAAGCCCAAGGACUGGCUUCCACUCAAAUAAACUGGAAGCAAUGCUCAGCCAGCUGCACCUCUCAGGCUCCGGCAGGACAAAGUUUCAUAGUCCGGACGCCUUCCAGAUCAGCUUCCCCAUAAGAACCAACUACAUGUACGGCCGGGUGAAGAGGACGCUGAUGCAAGAGAUCUUCGCUUUGACUUUGUGUCUUUGGAUCAAGGCGGGCGUGGGGCCCGGCCUGGGGACGCCCUUUUCUUACUCGGCACCCGGACAGGCCAAUGAACUGGUGCUCAUUGAGUGGGGGAACAACCCCAUGGAACUGCUGAUCGAUGACAAGGCUGUGGCGCUCCCUCUGACUCUCGGGGAUGCAAAGUGGCACCACGUGUGUGUGACCUGGUCCACACGGGACGGACAGUGGGAGGCCUACCAAGACGGAGUGCAGAGGGGGUCCGGGAUAAAUCUUUCCCCCUGGCACCCUAUCAAACCUGGAGGGGUCUUCAUCCUGGGACAGGAGCAGGACACGCUGGGAGGCCGUUUUGAUGCCACUCAGUCAUUUGUGGGCGAGCUGUCAGACGUGCACAUGUGGUCACAUGUCCUGACUGCCAGUGACAUCUACAGCCUGGCCUCCUGCGGCAGCCACCUCAGAGGAGACGUCAUGGCUUGGUCCGAGUCAGAGGUGGAGCUUCUUGGAGGCGUCGCCAAAUACCCCUUUGACCCCUGUCACUGA